GGUCGGUGGGGGGAGUCGGCGUCUCUCUCCCCCGCGCCAGCUCCCAUACACGGAGCCACAUUCCUUGGCCCCCCCACCCCCUCCCUCGGGGCCCCCCGCCCCCCUCGGGAAAAAAAAUCCACCCCAAUCACUCGAACCCGAGGGAGGCUUCCUUUCACCCUCGGGGAGAGGAGCUUUCAACGGUUCCCUCUUCCCCGUCUCCCCCCCGAACCCCGGUCCCCUCCCCUGCUCCCACCCCCUACUCCCGGCGCCGGGUGCAAGGUCCCUUUAAGGCGACGGCACCUUCCUCGGGUCAGACUACCGGCGGCGACGACCACGGGAGCAUGGCGGACACCGACCUGUUUAUGGAAUGUGAGGAGGAGGAACUGGAGCCAUGGCAGAAAAUCAGUGAUGUCAUUGAGGACUCUGUAGUUGAAGAUUACAAUUCUGUGGAUAAAACUACUUCCGUUUCUGUGAGCCAGCAGCCAGUCUCAGCUCCAGUGCCCAUUGCUGCCCAUGCUUCUGUUGCUGGGCACCUCUCUACAUCCACUACUGUUAGUAGCAGUGGGGCACAGAACAGCGACAGUACAAAGAAGACUCUUGUCACACUAAUUGCCAACAACAAUGCUGGUAAUACUUUGGUCCAGCAAGGUGGACAGCCACUCAUCCUCACCCAAAACCCAGCACCAGGUCUGGGAACAAUGGUUACUCAACCAGUAUUGAGACCUGUCCAGGUCAUGCAGAAUGCCAAUCAUGUGACUAGCUCCCCUGUGGCCUCACAACCUAUCUUCAUCACUACCCAGGGAUUUCCUGUAAGGAAUGUUCGGCCUGUACAAAAUGCAAUGAAUCAGGUUGGGAUUGUGCUGAACGUACAGCAAGGCCAAACAGUUAGACCGAUUACAUUGGUCCCAGCCCCAGGUACACAGUUUGUUAAGCCGACAGUUGGCGUCCCACAAGUGUUCUCUCAGAUGACCCCCGUGAGGCCAGGCUCCACAAUGCCUGUGAGGCCCACCACCAACACCUUUACCACCGUCAUCCCAGCUACUCUCACCAUCCGAAGCACUGUCCCACAAUCACAGUCCCAGCAGACCAAGUCCACCCCCAGUACCUCCACUACUCCCACUGCCACACAGCCAACCUCACUGGGGCAGCUAGCUGGUCAGCCUCCAGGCCAGUCCAACCAGACCUCGAAUCCCAAACUAGCUCCCUCCUUCCCCUCUCCACCUGCAGUGAGCAUUGCCAGCUUUGUCACUGUGAAGCGACCUGGGGUUACAGGUGAAAAUAGCAACGAAGUGGCCAAAUUGGUGAAUACUCUUAACACUGUCCCUUCCCUGGGCCAGAGUCCUGGGCCCGUGGUGGUGUCCAACAACAGUUCUGCUCAAAGAACCAGUGGACCUGAAUCUUCAGUGAAAGUGACCUCUUCCAUCCCAGUGUUUGACCUCCAGGACGGUGGACGGAAAAUAUGUCCACGGUGUAAUGCCCAGUUCCGUGUUACUGAAGCUUUGAGAGGUCACAUGUGUUACUGCUGCCCUGAAAUGGUUGAGUACCAAAAGAAAGGCAAGUCCCUCGAUGCAGAGCCCAGUGUCCCAUCGGCAGCAAAGCCCUCGUCCCCUGAGAAGACAGCCCCUGUUACUUCCACACCCUCCUCUACACCAAUUCCUGCUCUCUCACCACCUACCAAAGUACCAGAGCCAAAUGAGAAUGCUGGAGAUGCUGUCCAGACCAAGCUUAUUAUGCUGGUCGAUGAUUUCUACUACGGACGGGAUGGGGGCAAAGCAGCCCAGCUCACGAGCUUUCCUAAGGUUGCCACGUCUUUCCGAUGCCCUCAUUGUACUAAGAGGCUAAAGAACAACAUUCGAUUCAUGAACCACAUGAAGCACCACGUAGAACUUGAUCAACAGAAUGGUGAGGUGGAUGGUCACACUAUCUGCCAGCACUGUUACCGCCAGUUUUCCACCCCUUUCCAGCUCCAGUGCCACUUGGAAAAUGUUCAUAGUCCCUAUGAAUCUACUACCAAGUGCAAGAUCUGUGAGUGGGCCUUUGAAAGUGAGCCCUUGUUCCUCCAGCAUAUGAAGGACACGCACAAGCCUGGAGAGAUGCCUUAUGUUUGUCAGGUGUGUCAGUAUCGCUCCUCCCUCUACUCUGAGGUAGAUGUCCAUUUUCGGAUGAUCCAUGAAGAUACUCGGCAUUUGCUUUGCCCGUAUUGCCUAAAAGUCUUCAAAAAUGGCAAUGCCUUCCAGCAACACUACAUGAGGCACCAGAAGAGAAAUGUUUAUCACUGCAACAAAUGCCGGCUGCAGUUUCUCUUUGCCAAGGACAAAAUUGAACACAAGCUGCAGCACCAUAAAACCUUCCGUAAGCCUAAGCAACUGGAAGGCUUGAAACCAGGCACCAAGGUGACAAUCCGGGCUUCCCGGGGGCAGCCGAGAACUGUUCCUGUGUCUUCAAAUGAUGCACCUUCUGGCACCUUGCAGGAGGCAGCAGCGCUGACCUCCACUGACCCCCUACCUGUCUUCCUUUAUCCCCCUGUCCAGCGCAAUAUCCAGAAGAGAGCUGUUAGGAAAAUGAGCGUCAUGGGCCGGCAGACAUGUCUGGAGUGCAGCUUUGAGAUUCCAGAUUUCCCUAAUCAUUUCCCUACCUAUGUGCAUUGUUCUCUCUGUCGCUACAGCACCUGCUGCUCUAGAGCUUAUGCCAAUCACAUGAUUAACAAUCAUGUUCCACGGAAAAGUCCCAAGUAUUUGGCUUUGUUUAAAAAUUCUGUAAGUGGAAUCAAGCUGGCCUGCACUUCGUGUACCUUUGCUACCUCCGUGGGAGAUGCCAUGGCCAAGCAUUUAGUGUUCAACCCCUCCCACAGAUCUAGCAACAUCUUACCACGGGGGCUCAGUUGGAUGUCUCACUUAAGGCCUGGCCAGGCUCCUGAACGAGUGUUGGACUGGAGCAUGAAGAAUACAUAUCUUCCACCUCCCCUCGUCCCUAACAAAGCUGCCACUGUGAAGCCUGUAGGAGUCACCCCAGCGGAGCCCCAAGAGCUGGCAGGUCCUGUGCUCCAGGCACUUCCAUCCCCAGCCUCAACUGCAACCCCACCAGCAACCCCCACUCACCCACAGCCCUCCGCCCUGCCACCCUCGGCCACAGAGGGGACUGAGUGUCUGAAUGUCAGUGAACAGGAAGAAGGAAGCCCUGUCACCCAGGAUCCUGAGCCAGCAUCAGGUGGUGGAGGUGGCAGUGGGGUUGGCAAGAAAGAGCAGCUGUCCGUGAAGAAGCUUCGGGUAGUACUGUUUGCCCUGUGCUGCAACACCGAACAGGCGGCUGAACACUUUCGAAACCCCCAGCGGCGAAUCCGUCGUUGGCUUCGACGCUUCCAAGCCUCUCAGGGAGAGAACUUAGAGGGCAAAUAUCUCAGCUUUGAGGCAGAAGAAAAACUGGCUGAAUGGGUGCUGAUCCAGAGAGAGCAGCAGCUCCCUGUAAAUGAGGAGACCUUGUUUCAGAAAGCCACCAAAAUUGGACGCUCUUUGGAAGGGGGGUUUAAGAUCUCCUAUGAGUGGGCUGUGCGCUUCAUGCUUCGGCACCACCUCACUCCCCAUGCCCGGCGAGCUGUCGCCCACACGUUACCGAAGCAUGUAGCAGAAAAUGCUGGACUCUUCAUUGAGUUUGUGCAGCGGCAGAUUCACAAUCAGGACUUACCUUUGUCUAUGAUUGUGGCUAUUGAUGAGAUCUCUUUGUUCCUGGACACAGAGGUGCUGAGCAGUGAUGACCGAAAGGAGAACGCUCUUCAGACAGUGGGCACAGGGGAGCCUUGGUGUGACGUCGUGCUGUCUAUCCUAGCAGAUGGCACUGUCCUCCCCACCCUUGUUUUCUUCCGAGGACAAGCAAAUCGGCUCGCUAAUGUGCCAGACUCUAUAUUACUAGAGGCCAAAGACAGUGGCUACAGUGACGACGAAAUCAUGGAGCUUUGGUCGACCCGUGUAUGGAAGAAGCACACAGCUUGUCAGCACAGCAAAAGCAUGUUAGUGAUGGACUGUCAUCGCACUCACUUGUCAGAAGAAGUACUGGCCCUGCUCAGUGCCUCUAGCACUUUGCCUGCGGUGGUCCCCGCCGGUUGUAGCUCCAAAAUCCAGCCACUAGAUGUAUGCAUCAAACGAACUGUUAAGAACUUCCUGCACAAAAAGUGGAAGGAACAGGCUCGGGAAAUGGCUGAUGCUGCUUGUGAUUCUGAUGUCUUGCUUCAGCUGGUGUUGGUCUGGCUAGGUGAGGUGCUGGGUGUCAUUGGGGACUCCCCAGAGCUAGUUCAGCGGUCCUUCCUUGUGGCUAGUGUUCUGCCAGGUCCCGAUGGCAACGUUAACUCACCCACACGCAACGCUGACAUGCAGGAGGAGCUCAUUGCUUCCCUAGAGGAGCAGCUAAAGCUAAAUGGAGAACAGUCUGAGGAGCACUCGGCUUCUGCCCCCCGACCCAGGUCAUCUCCUGAAGAGACAGUCGAGCCUGAAAGCCUUCACCAGCUUUUUGAGGGGGAAAGUGAGACGGAGUCUUUCUAUGGCUUUGAGGAAGCUGACCUUGAUCUGAUGGAGAUCUAGGUGCUGAGGCUCUGGAAGCUAUGGAGUCAGGAAGGAAGGUGAGGGAGGUUAGAGGGGCUUAGACAAGAUGGGUACCAGUGGGGUGCUUGGUUUAUAGUUUCAAUUUUAUGCCGCCACUCCCAGCAUUGACUCUUCCUGUGAAUUUGUGGGUUAUUAGGAACAUCGGUAGUGAUCAGUUCUGAGCCAAGGAGCUGGCCCAUUGGUUACUCCUAAAAACAUGUUUUUGUGACCCUUUUUUUUCUUCUUUAAUUUAAAUCACUGUGUUUGCUAUUUUUCUGACAAAAUCUAGGAAAACAAUCCUUUGUGGACAGAUAUUAAGUUGUUUCAUUUCCCCGUUUACCUCAAUUGUAUCAUAGUAUUUCUGGAUUUUGUUUGUUUUACUGUGUGGCCAAUGUCUUUGGGCAUGAUACUAUCUAAUCAUUGUUAACAUGAGAACUUUGCUGCAGAUGGAAAGAAAGAAUAUGUAGCUGACAAACUGACUAUUACAUAUGUGGAUAAGUUUUUUUCAUUGUGGUCUUAACACUUUUAUAUAAAAAUGAAAAUGAAAAAUGAAUCCCACUGAACUCUUUCCUUCUGCUUCUUCCCCCCCCCACCCCCCCUCCCCAGAGGUGCUGGCUUCUUCAGCAGCUCUAGAUAUAAAAUUGUGGCUUUAAAGCGUGCAUGAACCACCUUGAACAUAUAGAAUGGAUAGACUUUUCUGUCCUCACCACCCUCCACCAAAAUAUAACAGAAACAAUAUUUUUUGCACUUGUAACCCUUGACCCCUUUCCUGAUUUUUCACAACAUCCUUCACUCUGGACAAAGGAGCACAUGUGUCCCUGGAAAGCAGAGGUACUGAGUGAGGUGAUGAGUGUUUCAGGUGGAAGCCAUUCCUAGUCUCUGUCUUCAACAAGCCCCGUGGCGUAGUCCCUUCUCUCUAGAACUUUGUCCUGUUAUGCUCGCUCUGACGGCACACCUGCUCAUCACAGGUAUAACUGGCAUAUGUUAAGUGUUGAACUAAAAAGACAGAGUGCUUCAUCUCCUGCUUACACGUGACUUUCCUGUUCCUCUCAUAUUCAGAGAAGAAACGGAUGUGAAAAGCAUAGAGGUGUGCACAGAGAAAGACAUGAAUCUUUAUUUUUCACUGCCAACUUCAAGGAAAAAUUUUCUACAGUUUGCAUGAGGGAUUUUUUUUAAGAAAAUAUGUACUCAUGGUGAUAAACCAAAAUGUACUGUACCAUAGAGGAGAACAAACCUCCCCCACAGCCACACCGUUCUUAUCCAUCCUGAGGCGUUCAGAGUUUCCUCCUGUGAGCCAAGGAGGCAGCCUGCACACGUGUGUAAGUGGUUCAUCUUUAAAGUGUACAUAAGUGGAGCAUUUAAUAAAACAAGAGGAAAUGGAUUUAUAAACUUUUUUUCUAUGUGUCCCCAUUGAAUAGGCUUUCAUAGACUGGGAGAUACUCAAGACAUGCCCGCCUGGUGGCACAGGGGUGGCGUCUGUGACCACCAGUGCUUUCCCUGCAGAUUUUGUUUUGUCUUUUUAACUCCCAGCACACUAUAACAUAGUGAACAGGACUGAUCCCAGAAGUUUGGCCUGCUCUAAACCCAUGGCGUUGGAGAUCUGAACUGAGGAGCCACCUGGGCUGGUCCCCAGCUUUUUGCGCAAUGCCAUUUUAUUGGUGACGGACUACACUUCAAAGCCAACCUUCUGCCUUUGAGAAAGCUGGAGAACUGUAAAUGGUCACUUCAAUCUACAGCCUAAUCCUCUUUGGUCGUCUCUGCAGCAGCCACAGCCUUAGCAGAGCUGGGUUCCUGGCCUCUGCACAUUGACUUUGGAUGGGUAAUUUUUGGUUGUUUUUUUUUUUUUUUCCUUUUUUUAAAGAUCAUGGUAACCG